AUGAAACAGGCACCAACAGCAUUAUCAACAGCAAAAACGCAACAUCAGCCCCAAAACGACAUCGCCAACGAAAAGGGUUUCAAAAACUUUGACGAAACAGCCACGGCCCCAGCAACGUCCAGCAACGGAGACCAGCAAAAAUACUGUUUAGAAAACUCGGAUCAGCAGCCCCAACAGCACAGAAAGAAACAACGGUUUUUAGCACCCCCAACAGCUCCAACGCCAUUGGCCGCAGCCACGGAAAAGUCGACCAAACAGCGGCCCCCCCAAAGAAAACGGAUCUACCAGCGGCCCCGGCAAAGCGGCUCCAACAGCCCCAACGGAAAAAAAAUCGAAACAACGGCCCCGACAUUAAACGGCCCGAAACUUCACAACGGCCCGACAAGUCUAAAACGGCCCCCACAAAAGCUACAACGGGCCCCGAAAGUCUACAACGGCCCCCCCACAAAAGUCUCAAAAGGCCCGACAACUCUAAACGGCCCCGAUAACGCUUUCCGGGCCCCCAUAAAAGUUCAAACGGCCCCGAUAACGUCUACAACGGCCCCCAUGUUACAACGCCCCGACAACUUCUACAACGGGGCCCGACGUCUACAACGGGCCCCCAAACGUCUACAACGGGCCCCCACAACGUCUAGAAAGGCCCCGAUAACAUCUACAACGGCCCCCACGUUACAAAAGGCCCCGACGUCUACAACGGGCCCCACAACCUCAACAGCCCCCAUAAAAGCUAAACGGCCCCCACAACGUCUAAACGCCCCGAUAAAAGUUACAACGGCCCCCCAAAUUCACACGGCCCCCCAUAACAUCUACAACGGGCCCCCAAACGCUACAAAGGGGCCCGAAAACUUCUACAACGGCCCCGAUAACGUUCAAACGGCCCCCACAAAUUUACAACGGCCCCCAAACGUCACAAAGGCCCCCAUAACGUUACAACGGCCCCCAUGGCCCCCCAAAAAGUCUACAACGGCCCCCAAACUUUUACAACGGCCCCCGAUAACGUCUACAAGGCCCCGAAAAACUUCUACAACGGCCCCGACAACUCUACAAGACCCCGACAUCUACAACAGCCCCGAUAACGUUUCAAAGGGCCCCGACAAAGUCACAACGGCCCGACAAAAAUUCCAACGGCCCCCCAUAACGUCUACAAAGGCCCCGAAACGUCUACAAGGCCCCCAUAACGUUACAACGGCCCCGAUAACGCUACAAAGGCCCGAGUCUAAACGGCCCGACUCUACAACGGCCCCGACAAAAGUCUACAAAACCCCCCCCGACAACGUUACAACGGCCCCGACAACAUCCCAAGGCCCCCCAACGCUACAACGGCCUUGA